AUGCCCGCAGCAAUGACGCCUAUCCCAAAGGGCUGCGAGAGACUGGAGGACCGGGAGAAGAGCUUGAAGCUGUUCGUAGACGAAGCGAAACUUCAAGUACCGAUCCUUGAAGUGAACCACCAAGGCUUCGUCUCGCAUAGAAAUUUACGGUCUGAUGCAGAAGUUGAGGAAUUUUUCCAGGCCGACCAUAGCCUUGAUGAGAGCGGCUGUACGUCACCCACAGGAGAGUGCCGUGAGGAUCCCGCAUAUCGAGCUGUGUAUUUACUCUCUGCGAGUUCCAUUCGGCCCCUGGAGAUUACACCAGAAUCGCUGAAGUGGCUACUGACUUACUUCCAAGUCAUGCCCGGCUUUCUCGAUUUUCUCUAUAUCUUUGGCAACCCCACGGGGAUGGACCCAGAACUCAAGUUUAGUGGUUUUCGCACCCAUUCGGUGUUGUCGGGUCCUCACAAAGGGCUCGCAAUCGACGCAAUGAACCGCUCUGGCCUGCGGUACCAGAUGUGCUAUACUUUGAAGGGUAUUGAACGUAAAGACGAUGGCAAGGAAGCCGGAGCCGGCAGGAUGUGGAAAAUCCGCCAUGGAGCGUUCCACCACCAAUUUGAUGUCGUCAAGGGCACGCAGCUCUGGAUUCUAGGAGACCAGAAAUUAACAUUAUGGAACCUGGGGAGCGGGCAACUGCAUGGGGAAAGAAAAUACCCAAAGCAUUUCUCGACGUUCGCGCAACGUUUUAAGACGAGCCUGGAUAUGCAUCUCAGCUAUUGCCAGUGGGCGGCAUUGGAUUGGAGAUGGUACAUCUGCUCUUCAGAGGAUAGAGCACAUCAGUUGACAAUUCCGUUCUUGGAUGGUGAUAUCACCAGUGAGGCCUCGGUCGGUCCCCAAACACUAGUAGCCGUUCAGGCGGAAGAAGAGGCGGUGAAUCAGAUUAUCAUGGUGCUAGAAGCGAAUACAGACAUCGUGCAGAAGCUCCGGGACUUCUACCACGACCUCCUAAAAGGCGGUCGCUUUCCUAUCGAUGACACAGAAAAAAGUGAAUGCGACGACACUGUGAAGGGAUUCACAGCUCAGCUGGACGAGAUCAUAUACGACCUCAAUACGCAGAUCGCACGAGCAAGGGUCCUUUCCAAGCUGAUCACGGACAGGAAAAACAUCCUCAUCCAACAUCUCCAGACACAAGCCGCUGCGCGACAAGAGAACUCUGCUCAGAGCAUGGAAGGCUUAGCCGAAAAGAGUGCUCGUGAAGCAAUCGCGACGGUCUUCAGCACAGAUAUGGUCAAGUACCAGAUCGAAGUAGACGACCCAAAUGCGCCGCCAGAGAGGAGAUCGAAGCUGGCUAUCGAGAGAUUUUUUCAGGUAUCUAUCCCGUUGAUGGUUUUCACGUUUGCCAUGGCAGCUCUGUGGUACCAAUACGAGAAGCGCCGUCGAAGGACGAGCGGACGUUCCAAGCAACUUGUUUGA